GCCUCACAUUCAACAUUAAAUUGGCCUAACUUGCCCAUGCUGACUUUCUUUCUAACAAGAAGCCUUUAGCAGAACAAGAUUUUCGAUAUGGUGCCAACGGAAUCUGGCGAGAAAAAAGCACCUACAGCGGCCCAUGAUAGCGCCAAUAAAGAUUUUCUUUCAAUAUUCUGGGAUUUGGUUUCGAAUGAUGAAGGAAAAAGGACUCACCGUGCUGCAGAUCUUGUGUCUAUUUUGAAAAAUAAAAUCCAAGAGACUGAUCCCGAAAAUGAUGAAAUGCAAAUUCCUGAGGAGUUGGAUUAUUCUGUAAAAAGGCUUGUGAAAGGAAUUGGAUCAGCAAGGAAAGGGGCCAGGCAAGGUUUUGGCACAGCUCUGACAGAAAUUAUGUGUCACUUUGACUGUGUUCAUACCGAUACAAUUUAUAAGCUGAUGGAAGAUCAUCUUAAUGUCCAAGGAUCUUUCAAAGCACAGGAGGAAAGGGAUGCAUUCAUUGGUAGAACACUUUGCCUAGCUGCUAUGAUCCAGUCUCAAAACCCAACCAUGGAUAACUAUCAAGAAUUCUUAAGUAAAACAGUUAAAAUUCUGAUGGAUAUGAUGAAGAAGAAAACUUAUCUUUUGGAGCUUUGUACAAAGUUGGUUAUAGACACACUAGAGAAGAUUGAUGAAACUUCUUUUACCAAAACUGUCUUCCCAAUCCUGGAAGAUUAUUUAACAGAAGGAUGGCAGAAAUCUACACCAGAGUCUUUGUGCAUUUUGCUUGCAAUUAAUAGAUGUUUCAAAGAAGCUGCAGAUUCAUUGCUGAAAGAUCACUGGAAGUGCUCAAACAUCUUUGAAGAAGAAAAUUUGAAAAAAGUGGGCAAAAUCAUAAUGGAAUCUACUAUCAAUGCACACCCAAGAAUGCACAUUGUUUGGAAGGAAGUUCUUCCCUGCUUAUUAAGCAAUGAUGAAACUCUGAAAUCUUUCUGGCAAAUUGUAGUUGAAGGUCAACUGAUGAAAUCAUCCCACGAAAGAAAAUUUCUAGCUUUCAGUCUAUUGGAAGAACUUUUCUCAAAAGUCACUGAAACACAAGUUGAAACUGUAGUGUCAGAGGCAUUGCUAAAGUCAGUAAUAAAUGGUUCAAGCUCCGACAAAAACUACCUUUGGUCUGCUUCCAGGAAACUGUUGUCAUCGAUACCUUCACAAGUCAGCCAGAAUUGUAACCAAGGUGUAUCGUUAGCAGUUAUUCGUCAAAUAAUCUUCAGGUCAAAAACGAUUGUAUUUGACUCGCUGACAAAAUCGAAAGCAAUUGAAAAUCUGAUAGGCAAGUUGGAUUCCUCCGGUAUUCUUAGCUUUAUUUCCUGGUUAAAGCUGAUUUUUACUCAAGGCAGUAUCGAGGAGAUAAAGACAGAUGAAGACGAGGAUGAUGAGGACACUCGGUUGCAAAUUAGGAAGUGGGCCGCCUCGCAGCUGUUGAUAGUUUUACGUAACUCCUCCUUGAAAAGAGACGAACCAUGGGUAUUAGACAUUGCUAAGUUCUUGUUUUUCCAUGGUCAUUUUCGCGCAGUCAAAACCAAAAAGGGCAAAGGAGAGCUCUACCGUGUGGUUGAUCCAGCUUUAGAAGACUCUGUUAUUGGUUUGUGCAAAGAACGUUUUCUUGGUGCUCUUGGGGAGCUUUCCACGACCCAUCAAUCAACCAAAGAGAGCAAAUCUGGUAAACAUGCUGUCAACUCUAUACCUGGUAUUCUAGCAAAUGGAGAUUUCUAUGCUUAUCAUCUGGUGCAGUUUUCGCAGGAAUUAUUGAAGGACAGUAAAUACAUUGUGCUAAUUAAAGAAUGGACCCCAGAAGCAAAGGAAACUUUUAAGGAGGCUUUGGGCAUGAUAGAAGAGAUCAGAGAAAAGGUUUCCCGAGACUCUGUGAUGUCAGAAGACAGGGCCUUUGAACUCCUCUUUUUGCACAGUUGCCUGCAAAUGUUUCAUAACACUAACGAAGCUGCAGAUGUUAUCCAGGAGUUGAUUCAAUGCUACAAAAAAUUAAAGGAGAAAAAGAAGAAAAAAUCCAGUGAAGAACCUCACUGGUCUGAAGUUCUUACUGAAAUUCUAUUGAGUUUUUUGGCACAAUCAUCCCAUAUGAUGCGGCAGAUUGUUAACCUCGUCUUCACAAUGAUGCUUCCACAUAUUACCAACAAUGCAUUUCAACUUAUCAUGGAGGCCCUGCGACCGAAGAAGAAUGCUGGACUUGAAAUAGUAGAUGAAUCUGAAGACGAAAUGGAAGCUGCUGAAAAUGGAGAUCAUGAGACUGAUAGCGAGGAAGACGAAGAUUCUGAUGAUGACUCAGAAUCUGAAGAGGAAAAUAACAAAGACGAGAUCGAUGAGGCCUUUAAAAAUGAAGUCAAAGUCGCCUUAGGGGAUGCUGCUAUUGAUGAGGAGAGUGACAAGGAGGAGAGUGAAAGCGAAGACAGUGAUGUCGAUAUGGACACUGUAGACCCGAAAGUUCUUGAUUCGAUGGAUAAAGCCCUGGCAGCGGCAUUUAAAACUCGAAUGCAAUCAAGAAGUGGCAAGAAAAAACAGAGCGAGGAGAAGAAGACAAUAGUACACUUUCGAUUAAGAGUUUUGGAUAUUGCCGAACUAAUUGUGAAAAAAGAGCCAAAAAGUCCGUUUAUUUUGGAAAUGAUUGAACCACUUCUGGAAAUAAUCAAAGUGUCUUUGAUGUAUAAAGAAGAAAAAGAGCUGCAUGACCGAGCUCAGGGAAUCUUAAAAAACAGAAUUUGUCAUGCUCGAGAGAUUCCAAAUGGUAAUGAUGUGAACAAAGAGGAAGUUCAUACGAAGAUCGAGAAACUGCUGGAAUUAGCCCAGAAUGCCUCCUCGGUUCAAAUGGUCGACUUGAUUACCAAUUCAUGCAUGUACCUGAUAAGAGUGUUGCGUGGCAAGGAAGACAUGAAGGAGCCGUCUCCAUUGAAAACCAGAAAACAGAGACAGAAAGAUGACGAAAAUAAGGACAAAGAGUCAACAAAUCCUCAUGGCACAUUGGACUGUAAAAGAGUCGUGCGAAUGUUUGAGGGUGCUUUAGAAGAUUUCAUGACACGAAGGAGUUCGCAAUUACAUCCUGUUUUCUUCCUGGAAUUCAUAAAAAGAUACCCGGCCAUCGCAUGGAAGCUUUCUCCAGUUUUACCCAAGUACAUCAAUAAGGCUGUGAAUAACUUCAGAAAGGUCCAAGCUUGUGAGAUGCUGCUACAACUUUUGGCAAGAAAGACUGAAUGUGCAGCAGAUGACUUCGAAGGAAUGAGUAACGAGUUGCAGCGAGAAGUUAUUCAGACAUUGAGGGAAACCCUCGAUGAAAAAUGCACGAUGAAAGCAAGACACAUCAACGAAAUCGCCAAACUUCUGGACAGGUUCCUGAAGGAGAAUGAUGCAAUAUUUAAGGUGCCAAUAGACGACCAACUGUCUUCCACACUAAACGCAGCAAUAGACGGACCAAUAAUUAGCAGAUCUCCCCAGCUGGUUGCCUAUUGCAAACGAAUCGUUGGCGUAUUGUCAGGGGAGCAAAAAAGCUUAGAAAAGACCAAAAAGCGAAAAAUCAAACCAUCGCCAUCUUCCAAAUUAGAAUGGAAAGAAACCGCUACUGUAUCACCCAAAGAAGAAGUCAAAGAGUCAAUUGAAAAUAAUAGUGAACCGAAGAAAAAGAAGAAGAAGAAGGGCAAAGCCAAAGAGUGAUAAACAUGAUAGCUAUGUUUUAUCAUUUAAUGCUAGUUUUUUGAGCCUAAAGGAAAAUUUAUUAAUCAUAUAACUUUGUUUGUAUAUGCAAUCAAGGGCAAAACUGAGCUUUCUAGAUGCAUUUUCAGUCCUUCUUCAAUAGAUAUAAGAGGUGUGUCCACUAAUCUGGAACGUGACAAUAUAUUUAGUAUAUUUGUAAAGCUAAAGAGAUUUAAAUAUUAUUUGGAAUAUUUUUGUCACAGCUCUCCUGAUGGAACUUAUUUCCUUUUAUUGGAGAUGAGAACUCCAAAAUGGCGUUCGUAAAUAUCCUUGCUUUCGGUGAGCAUUGUCUGUAGGUUGGAUGGCUGAUCUGUUUUUUAAACUCGUCGUUCCCUUCCCUUCUUCUACAAACUUUCUGAAACAACAAGCAAAUGACAGUUCCACUAAUUGUAAUGGAUAGUUUUAGAAAGAAAGGGACCAACAUUGACUUUGACUUUGUUUUGAAUUUUGGCUCCUAAAAUAUAACGAUGUAUAAAACAUAGGUAUCCUGUCGCUGUGUACGAAGAAUGCCGGUACUCUUUUGAUGCUUUGUAGGUAGUUUCAUAGCAACCGCUACGCCAAUGGUUAGUUUUACUUCAUACUCGAGUUGCUUUUUGGAAUGGAAACCAUUAUAAAGUUUUCAGUAUUGACUGAUGCGAUGAUCUUGGAACCUUUCACAUUUUCACCUACAGCACCUGGGUACCUGGGGACCUGAGGGCAGAAACGCCGUGCCGCGAAAUUUAGCUGUUUGUUGCGACAGAGAUAGUUAUAAUUUGUUCACUUGCUUUUUUGAUUUGAAAUUGCUUUCAUUGGAAAUGGUGGUUUUAUGACGUUGCUAAGUAUUAGUUUAGGUGACACGAUUUGUAAGAUCUUUUCAGUCGCGAAGUGCAUAACUCUUAGGCACAUUGGAGCGCUAGAGUACGUGGUGAGGUAUCUUCAAGGUAGGAGCACAGGGCUCUGGUAUGCGAAGAAAAACAAUGGCAAAACAGACAAUAGCAAUACACUUUCACGAAUCAAAACUUUUAUUGCCACUAUAUCCGUUUCUUAAAUCACAUUAUAUCACAAAGGAUUGAUUGUUUUCGCGAAAAGCCGUGCCAACUUCCCUUCUGGCAAUGAUACAAUACUUCUUUGCAUCGUUGACUUCGUAAUGACGUUGAGUCAACAUCAUUUCGUGGCCGCAAGCUAUAGAAAUCGGUACCCUAAUUACAGGAAAACGACCAUGCCUUGCAUCGCUCCGAUAAGUUGAGCACUCUAAACAGCAAUAUGAUAAUCAAUAUAAU